AUGGCUGACUUUUCAGAAGCUGCAUCUCUGAACAGCCUGACACAGCUACUUGAGAUAAUGAAAUCCUUUUUCUCCCAUGGACUCCUCUUGCUAGCUGUCCUGUGCUGUCUCCUUCCCAGAAACAAGACUGACUAUCAGGAAGGACUUGACAAUAAUCCAGGCAUUGAUCCCUUCCAGUGCAGGAAGGUAGCUUUGACCAUCUGCAAUAUCUCCAUUUCUUUGUUCAAAGAGAUGGCCCAACAGUCAAAAGAUGGAAAUAUUUUAUUCUCCCCAACUAGAGUUGUUGCUGCUAUUUCAAUGUUUGCCCUGGGAGCCAAAGGUAACAAUAGCCAACAUAUCCUGGAAUGCCUAAGGUUCAACAAAACAGGCUUGACUGAGGAUGAGAUCCACAAGUGUUUCUGGUAUCUGCUCCAUUCAGUCGAGCUGCGUACAGCACAAGCCCAACUAAAAGGUGGUAGCAGCAUGUUCAUCAACAAGGGCCUGAACAAGGUAGACAAAUUUGUGAAAGGAGCCAAGGACCUAUACCACUCUGAAGUCAUCCCCAUCGACCUCACAGACAGCAGGGCGGCUGAGACACAAAUUAACAAUUAUAUGAUGAAGGAAACUAACAAGGAGAUUGUAGAUGCAGUCAAGAGUCUGGAGAAUGACACAUUCCUUGCCCUGGUGAACUACAUUGACCUUAAUGCCAAAAUUUUCAGCAACGUUAAGUGUCGGAUUGUCAAAAUGGAGUACUUCCAGCCAGGAAAUAAGAGGCCCAGCAAGGUACACCAUAGUGUGGAUGUGUAUGAUCUAUUCCAAGUCAAGGAUCGGUUUAGCAUGGCGUUUAUAUAUGGACACUCCUUAAUCGAAGCCACAAUCUAUUUCAUCUUACCUGAGAAAGGGAAGAUGCACGUGGCAGAAGAGAGACUGACCUAUCCACACUUCCGCCGGAUGACACAACAAUUGCACACCAGGAUGGUCAGUGCGCACAUCCCAGAACUGUCAGUGUCUGAGACCCAUAACCUGGAGUCAGUGUUGAACCUACUAGGAAUCACCUAUGUUUUCAGCAAUGAAGCCAACAGUUCAGUGGUCACAGAUGACACACCUCGUAAGUCCUUCAAGGUGAUAAGUAAGGCCAUGCUGACCCUUAAUGACAAGGGGAUAAAACCUGUUCUGAAUUGUUGCAAUCAAGAAGAGUGGGCUAGUAUUCCUGUUCUCCGGUUAAAGAGACCCUUCUUAAUCUUCAUUGAGAAUAGGACAAACAGCCUCCCCCUCUUUCUUGGCAGGGUGGUAAAUCACAGAAACUAA